AUGGGCAAGGCUAUAUCAAAAUCUGAUAAUAAUGAAACUGCAAAUUUAAAAUGUACCUGCAAUCCUGUAUUUGUCUUUCAUUAUAACAUCCAACAGAUUACUUUCUUUGAAGACAAAAGCUUCCAGGGCCGUCACUAUGAGUGUACUGGAGACUGUGCUGACAUGCAGUCCCACUUUUCUCGCUGCAACUCCAUCCGAGUAGACAGUGGAUGCUGGGUGGCCUACGAGAAGCCCAACUAUGGUGGAUAUCAGUACAUGCUUUUCAAGGGUGAAUACCCUGAUUUCCAGCACUGGGCUGGAUUCAACGACUGCAUUCGUUCCUGCCGCAUGGUUCCUCCCUACACUGGAAACUACAGGAUGAAGAUCUUUGAGCGCUUCGACUUCGGUGGUCAGGCAAUGGAGCUGAAUGAAGAUUGCCCUGAUCUGCGUCAACGAUUCCACAAUGGAGACGUCUCUUCAGCCAAUGUCAUGGAGGGCUACUGGAUCCUCCAUGAGCACCCCAACUACACUGGCCGCCAGUUCUUCCUGCGUCCUGGCGAAUACAGGAGGCACGUCGAGUGGGGCAGUCCAAGUCCUACCAUGGGCUCCCUGCGACGUGUGACUGACCUCAACUGAAGAUCCGAAUCACGCAACCACCUCUCCCAGUGUGUCAACAGCACUGCCUGUCCAUGCAGCGACUAUGUCUAACUUUCAAUCACCUCGAGGUGGUCAUGCUGAAUGUAUUUGUGAUGCUUGCUGUAAUCCGGCACAAGUGCCGUUUAGCCUCGCUUAAGUAGGGCUAUCUGUCUUCUUUAGCACUGUUGACCGAGCAAACUGUGUAUUUUAUCAGCACCCUUUCCUUCCCAAUUACAACUGGAAAUAAAGGAAAAAUUUAUUAAAAUCAAACAAAUGACAUUUGUACAGUCUGAAUGCAAUGCAGUGAAUGAAAACACCUCAAAACGUUGACGUACGAGUAUACGUCCAUUGUCUUGAUCACGCAUGAAGCCAUCUUGUGCCCAAGAGACAAAAGAAAAUUAUUAAGGAAACUGGCUUGUUCUUUGAACUGAGUUAUUAAGGAACAAAAAAAGGGGUAUCUGAGGAUGGGAGAGCAGAAGACUUUUAUAAGAUCACAUGAUGUCUAGCAGACGCUUUGGGCCCUUGAAAGAUGCCCCAUAUUAGCAGCACAUCAUAGGGCAACGCUGACUCAAAAAGGAAAAGUCAAAGUGGCCUGGUCUUAGCCCCAAGCAUGCAGCUCUCUCAGAACACAAAACAAAACUAAGUCCAUAUCUAAGUUCAUGCAUUUUUCAUAAGGUAUGGAUACUGAGGCCUUUCAGAGAUAAAUAUCAAUUAUUGAAAUUUUUAAUUAGAAGCCCAUAAUUGGCAAAGAUACAAAUGAAUAAAUAACUUUGACGAUUAAUUAUAGAUUUGAAAAAAUUAGGCUCUGCAGGGAGCACGUUUGAAUCUCUAAAGAUCAAGGAAACACAAGAAAUAUGAGUUUUCGCCUCAAGUAAUGUUCAAUUAAAGCUGUACUGACUGUGAAGGUCCGAUGGUUUGCCAUGAGACCGGUUCUUUUAAAUUUCACUUCCAUAUGCUCUAAACUCUCGAAUUAGACCUUGACAUCAUGCGCAGGUUGAUGUAAUACCAAAUCAAGAAUUAUUUAAGAGUCAUAAUUUCGACAUCAUAAAACUGCACUGACUAAAUUCACCUGAAAGUACAAUUUUAGGGUCAAUGCUCAUGUUACUUUACAAAAAGUGAUCUUAUUUGAAAAUAAGCAUAACAACCUUUGUUUCACAUGUUAGUUAUAAUUAUGCUUUUUUACGGCUGCACCUGUAUUUUUGUCUCCUGUUUUGGCAGUAACACUCUCCUCAUUUGAGCAUUUUUUAACCUCUUUCAUCCAAAACAGUCAUUGAUCAUAGAUCUUACACAGUAAAGUUGGAACACAAUAACACAUGAAUGAGACUCUGUUUCUCUUCAUCUCUGGAUCUUUUUAGUUCCUGAUGAAGGCUUAUUGAGGCAUAAACCACAUAUUUUGGAGAAUAAAAAGAAUUCAUAAGUCAAAAGGCACUGGCACUUUCAUGGCAAGCCUCAGUCUUCUUGCAGUCUCUUCUUUCCUAAUAGCAACAUAAUUAAUCCUCUGUAGUAUUGUUUUCACUCUUCCAUGUCCCACUUAGUGCUUGGCAAGUCUCCCUCUCCCUACAGAACAGCCUCUUGAUGUUUCCCACACUGAACU